AUGAGAGCUCUCGCCCUCAUCACUGCCCUGGCCACGUUGGCCACCGCCAGUGCCACCUAUGACAAGCGCGACUUGGCCCAGGAGAUCUGGGACGACAUCAAGAAUGCGGUGGAUUGCGCGGGCUGCCAGGUCGUUCUGACUGCCCUGAAGGGUGUGGCCGAUCUGGGCACGACUGCCUUUGUCGACGUGCUGACCGAAGUGUGCAACAUCAGUGGCAAAGAAGAUUCCGAUGUCUGCUCCGGCAUCAUCUCUCGCGAGGGCCCCGUGCUGGACUAUAUCCUGCAGCACCUCGAUAUCGGCUCGCACACCUCCCAGGUCAUCUGCGCCAGCGCAUUCGGCCUCUGCCAGUAUCCUGAGGUCCGGACCUACAACCUCACCUUCCCCAAGCCCAAGCCCAACACCACUCGUCCAGAGCCCAGUGGCGAAUCGCCUAUCCAGGUCGUCCACUUCAGCGAUACCCACGUGGACCUCUCCUACGAGACUGGGUCCAAUUACAACUGCACAAAGCCCAUCUGCUGUCGCCCUUACACGGCCCAGGAUGCUCCAGGAAACACGACGACUCCCUGCGGGCCAUAUGGUAACACCAAAUGCGAUGCUCCCUUGAGUCUCGAGGAGAGUAUGUUCGCCGCGAUCAAAGCGCUGAACCCCCAGCCCGCCUUUUCCAUCUACACGGGCGACGUCGUCGCACACGACAUCUGGCUCGUGGAUCAGAACGAAGUCAUCGAAGACCUGAAUGCCACCUACGACCGCAUGGCCGGGCUGGGGCUCGUCUAUGCGGCCAUCGGAAACCACGACACGGCGCCGGUCAACGAUCUGCCGACCAGCAACAUCCCCAGCGAGUACAGCGCUAACUGGACCUACGAGGCCCUCACACACGACUUUACGAUGCUGACCCAGUCAGCCUCUGCCCAGACAGCCGCGAAUUACGGGUCUUAUUCGGCCAUCUAUCCGGGCAGCUACGGCACGGAUCUCCGCGUCAUCUCCUACAACAGCAUCUUCUACUACGUGGACAAUUUUUGGGCAUACCAGGACCCUAUGGAUUUCGACCCGGAUGGACAGCUGGCCUGGCUGAUCAACGAGCUCCAGGAGGCCGAGACGGCGGGGCAGCGGGUCUGGAUUAUUGCGCAUGUGCCGACGGGCACGUCGGAUCACUUCCACGACUAUUCGCACUACUUUGACCAGAUCGUGCAGCGCUACGAGGCCACCAUUGCGGCGCUGUUCUACGGCCACACUCACAUCGACCAGUUCCAGAUUUCGUACUCGAACUAUUCCAACCGAGCGUUCGACACGGCCACCGCCAUCGGGUAUAUCAUGCCGUCGUUGACGCCGACCUCGGGACCGCCUACCUUCCGGGUCUAUGACGUUGAUCCCAAGACCUUUGCCGUGCUGGACUUCACCAACUACAUUGCCAACAUCAGCGACCCGGCGUUCCAGUUGGGCCCGACGUGGCAGAAGUACUACUCGGCCAAGGAGACGUACGGCUCGUUGCUCUCGCCUCCCGUGACGGACCCGACGGCGGAGCUGACGCCGGCCUUCUGGCACAACGUCACGGUGGCCUUUGAGCAGGACAACGCGACCUUCCAGGAGUACUGGGCGCGGCAGACGCGGGGGUACGACGUGUCGAGCUGCACGGGGUCCUGCAUCACUCAGGCCAUCUGCGGCCUGCGCGCGGCAGACGCGCAGUACAACUGCGUGACGCCGACGCCGGGCUUCAACUUUGCCAAACGGGAUGCCUCGAGCGCCAAGCAGGCUCUGUCGCAUGUCGAGAAAUGCGAGGGCUCGGGAUUGUUGGGGCUGCUGGGCAGGAUGGUGGCUGAGAACUUAAUGAUAUAUAAAUAUAUGCCAUUGUUAUUCGCAGAAUACGGUCUUCCGUAUAUCGUCUAA